UUUCACGUGCUGCUCGUUCAGCUCGUUGCUCAAGAUGGCGGCGUCCAUCGUGGAUGCGGGCUCGAGCGCAACAGCCUGAUAUAUUUGAAGUAAUUUGAAGCUUCACGCGUGAUUGCUCGCGACGUAUUUUAAAAUGGCUUCAGAAGAAGAACCUACAGCCGCUACAUCCAGCCAAGCAAAGUUUUUAAACGCGUACGAUGACUCCAACAAAUACGCCGAGAGUCUGCUCCGUUCUGUUGUUCAAGCAACGAAAGCAGCUAAUGACCUGCCUGGAGCCGGAGAAGAUUUUGAGUACUUCAGCAGUUUUGCCAGUUUUCGCCAAGUUAUGCUGGCAGAAGGGAAGAGCGUACUCAAGCUGAUGUCAUCUCUGGCCAAUCACCAGGUUGGGAAAGGGAAGUUUGAGGGCCUGGACUUGGAGGAGAAGUUUGAUCUUCUAGCUGACAUCAAUGACACGGUUUUGGAGAGAGUGGGAAACAAUCUUGAUGAGGCGGAUGGAGUCAAGAAAAAAGCUGACGAUGUUGUCCUCGUCACUGUGAGUGCAAACAGGCCCAUUCACACUAGCUGGAACAAGAAGAACCUCACCAAGGCAGCGAAGUUCCACCUGCUGGCGGCCAAGAACGUGACGCGGCCGCAGCUCAGUUUCAAGGAAAAGGUGGACAACAGCAACACCCCCUUUGUUCCCAUCCUUCGAGACAAGCCACACUCCCUGAAGCCCCUCGCCAUUUUGCCAGAGCGCACUUCUGAUGGACAAGAAAGUUAUGGCCACCCUUAUGAGUGGGAGAUUGAACACUUUGAGCCGUCGCCCACACAGCUGAAGGCACCCACUGAAGAGAGGCUUCCCCCACCUCUUGAAGAGACGCCCUGCACCAUAGUGGAGACAGUCGAUCAGCUGAAGGACAUGUGUGAGGCACUGUCGAAAGAAACUGAGAUUGCUGUGGACUUGGAGCACCAUUCAUACCGGAGCUUCCAGGGCUUCACAUGCCUGAUGCAGAUCUCAAGCCGCACCCAAGACUACAUCGUAGAUACAUUAGCUCUGCGUCAUGAACUGCAAAUGCUCAACCAAGUUUUUGCUGACCCCAAGAUCGUCAAGGUCUUUCACGGUGCAGACAUGGAUGUGUUGUGGCUGCAGCGUGACUUCGGCCUGUACCUGGUGGGGCUGUUUGAUACAGGCCAGGCAGCCAAGGUGCUUGGCAUGGCACACUUCUCACUGGCAUUCCUACUCAAGCAUUACUGUCAGAUAGAGGCCGACAAGCAGUUUCAACUUGCUGACUGGCGGAUACGGCCCCUGCCACCAGAGAUGGUUAAUUACGCACAGUCAGACACUCACUACCUGCUGUACAUCAUGGACCGCAUUAAGCGUGACCUGGCUGAUCGCAGCAAUGAGAACGACAACCUGCUUCGAUCUGUGUUUGACCGCAGCAAGCAGGUGGCACUUAGGUGUUACGAAAAACCUAGCUACCAUGAGCAGAGUUACAUGGAGCUGUACCGCAAGAGCCGCAAGACAUUCAACAGCCGACAGCUGCACGCCUUGCGCCACCUCUACAGCUGGAGGGACCGAACGGCCCGCAACGAAGAUGAAAGCACGGGAUACGUACUGCCCAACCAUAUGAUCCUGGAGAUAUCAGAGAUCCUGCCAAGGGAGCAACAAGGUAUUGUGGCCUGCUGCAAUCCCUGCCCUCCUCUAGUGCGGCAGAACCUUAACGAGCUGCACACUAUCAUCCUGAAAGCUCGGGAAGUGCCACUCAACGAGAGCUUGGUGCCAGAAAAGUCAUCAUGGCCAGUGGCUGUGCAAGUUGACUUGGAUAGCGUGCUUCAUUGCGUCCACGAUCGGCCUCGGCAUGACGAUGCCAGUCUAGCACUGCCCACUCUUCUAGAUGAAGACGCGGAGCCUCUGCCUGCAGAAAAGCCCACUUCGCAGCUUCUGACUAAGGCAGUGCCAAGUUUGGGGGCAAUAGCAGCCAAGGUUCCACAAACAAAGCUAAGGAGUGGUACCUUUGUCUUGCCAUACAAGCGAUAUAAGGCCGCUGUGGAGCGAGAUGGUCCUGAAGUUGAGGCCAGCCAAGUGGUGAUGGCAACUGAUGAAAAACCUGAUCCUCGUGUGGCUAAAGAGAAGGCCGAGCCUGGCGAGGUCAGUGAAGCCACAGAGGUCAAGCAGGAAGAAGAAGAACAAGAAGAGACUCCCACAGCAGCAUCGUACGAAGACACAGCCCUGGCUGAGCCCCUGCGUUCACCACGGAAGGCACCACGUAGACAGCGUGGAAAGAGGAAGAGGCAGGAACCUGAUGUGGGACUUCUUCCCGACGGCCAAACGUACAACUCUGCUCAGGUCAACAUUUCUUCCGAUGACACAGCCGAGGACAGCAGCAAAGGAGGAACCGAUUUUAAGCCCUUCGACUACGCAGCACAGACACCUCAAGCACCAAAAGAACAGAAAAAGCAGCCUUGGAGCUACAACCCUGAGGGUCCCGAUGACAUGAAGGCAGGAAAGAAGAAGCGAAGAAGACAGCAGGUCAAGAGCCGCACAUUUGGAAACAACAGUGGCGAGCCUGUUGCCAAGUGGCCCAAGCGAUGACCGGCCCUCUCUGAUACAGCUGUGGGGAGGGGAGGGCUAUAAAGCUGUUUUCAUUUGUGCUGUUUUUUA